AUGACAGGAACACGGGGCCCCGUGCCCGUACCGCUCGAGACUCAAGGUCGCAACCUCACCCAAGACGUCCUCGAUCUCCUCGACACAAAGGAGACGCUCGCGAGCAAUGAAGACUUCCCCGCCAUACCGCAGCGCGACAUCAAGGCAGCCCUCGACAGGCUCGCCAGCCGGUCCAUGGUCGAAUACAAGACGCUGGACAAAGAGCAGGUCGUCCUCACCCCGGAAUCAGAAGGAAUCGUCGCCAACGGGAGUCACGAGUUCAACGUCUGGAAGGCAGUGAAGGAGGCCGGCAAGAUUGCGAUCAAGGAAUUGCCUAACAUCGUUGGCAAGGAGUCUGCCAGCGUAGGGCAGGGCAAUGCUUUCAAGAACAAGUGGAUCAAGAAGGACGGCACCGACCUCGUUCUCGUGGCCACAGAAGAGCCAAAGGACACUACGCAGGAACUCCUCAAGAGCAUCCAAGAAUCGCAGACGGUGUCAGACGCCAAGCAGCUCAACGAGCUGAAGAAGAAGAAGCUCGUCACCGUCACCAAGGUCAUCACAUACACAGUCACAAAGGGUCCAAAGUACGCAAAGGAGAUGCCCGUCGAGCACACAGACUUGACCGCAGAACUGCUCACCACCGGCGCUUGGGAGACAGCAAACUUCAAGCCCUACAACUUCGCUGCGCUGGGCGCUCAACAGGACGCUGGCGCCUUACAUCCCUUGAUGAAGGUCAGGCAGGAAUUCAGGAACAUCUUCUUCUCGCAAGGCUUCGUCGAGAUGCCUACUGCACACUUUGUCGACUCUGGCUUCUGGAACUUCGAUGCCCUCUUCGUACCGCAACAACACCCCGCCCGUGACAUGCAGGACACCUUCUUCGUUUCCGAUCCACCCACAGCCGACAAGCCGCGCGCAGACCCCGACAGCGAAGCACAGAUGGACCAGAUGGAGGCCAGCUCGCAACGUCUCUUCUCAACGGGCGACACGCGAAACAAGAAGCCCAGGGAUUUCGAGAAGUACUGGAACGAUGUCAAGAAAGUCCACGAGGAGGGUGCUUUCGGUUCGAUAGGCUACCGCUACAAGUUCAAGGACGAGGAGACACUGCGUCUGGUCCUCCGCACACACACAACUGCCGUAUCGACAUGGGCACUCCACCGAUUAGCGGAAGACCCCCGACCUGCACGCUACUUCUCCAUCGACCGUGUCUUCCGUAACGAGACCGUUGACGCCACGCAUUUGGCCGAGUUCCACCAGAUCGAGGGUGUCAUCGCAGAUUUCGGCCUCACGCUGGGCGGCCUCCAGCGCUUCCUCGGUGACUUUUUCGCCAACAUGGGUCUCGAGAACCUGCGCUUCAAGCCUGCCUACAACCCCUACACAGAGCCGAGUAUGGAAAUCUUCGGCUACCACAAGGGCCUGAAGCGAUGGAUUGAGAUUGGAAACUCUGGCAUGUUCAGACCUGAGAUGCUGGAACCGAUGGGUCUGCCCAAGGACAUGCGCGUCUACGGCUUCGGUCUGUCUCUUGAGCGCCCCACGAUGAUGAAAUACGGCGUCUCCAACAUUCGCGAGCUGCUCGGGCACAAGGUAGAUCUGAGCUGGAUCAAGGAGCAACCAGCUGUUCGUUUCGAUAAGGAGUAG